GUACGGUGUUGGUACUGUGUAGCACAUGCUCCGUUGGCCGGAGCCGCGCCCGCCAAAAGACGGCAGUCCCGAUGGCUUAGGAAGCCGCAAAAGACGAAAAGCUUGGCAUUAUUGUACCAUUUCCGACUCCCGUCAAAUUGAACGACGAUGACUCUUAUUCACGGAUAGAACAAUAACUCGAGCAAGCGUGCGUGAAUUAUAGAAACGAAAGAGGGCGAAGGGUAGACGAGGAAGCUUGACCUGAAUAUCAACGAUGCCAGUCAACGGAGCUCCGCCUGAAACGGGCGAAUUCUGGAUCUUCGGUUAUGGAAGCUUGAUAUGGAAACCCCCUCCGCACUAUGAUCGACGGAUACCUGGUUGGGUCACAGGCUAUGUUAGGCGGUUCUGGCAGGCAAGUCAAGACCACCGCGGCACACCUGAAGCUCCCGGCCGCGUCGUCACUCUCAUCGAGCGAUCAUUCUGGGCAUCCCUCGUCGAUGCGCAUGACUCAGCGCCCGAGAAGGUAUGGGGCACCGCGUACCGAAUCCAAGCAGACAAGGUAGCCGAGGUAAAGGAGUACCUCGACAUCCGGGAAAUCAACGGGUAUACGAUCCACUAUACGCCCUUCCAUCCGGCGGACGGGUCGCCGUCCAUCCGCACUCUAGUCUAUAUCGGCACCCCCGAUAAUGACCAAUUCACGGGACCGCAAGACCCGCAGGCCCUCGCCGAGCACAUCUACGUUAGCGAAGGUCCCAGCGGUCUGAACAGGGACUACCUGUUGGGUCUGGAAAAGGCCCUCAACGAGCUAAGCCCAGAGAGUGGUGACGCUCACGUCACGGAUUUGUCGGAUCGCGUGCGUGAGAUUGACCGCAGGCGCCGCGAGGGCCAGUUACAGGUAGAAGGCUUUGAACAUCCCGUCUCGCACGAGUUUAGGAAAGUGAGCAGCGUAGACGAGCAGGAAGAGACGGAGAAGGCGUGAAUGAUAUCUUACAGAGGGGAAGAGAUGUUGUAAACAUUAGUCGUCGAGGUAGAGAAUUACGUUAGGUACUUAGGUCAAGAAUUUCAACAGAGAAAAGCAUUGGAAAUCA